AUGCCUAUCCUUUCCAAUUGGAACGAGGAGAUCAAGUUCCUUGUCCCAGACGACAAAUUCAAGACCCCGUCUUCAAUCUCAGAAGUCCAGACCAUCAUCAAAGAUGCCGCUCAGCACAAGGAGAAAGUCAGAGUCAUUGGUGCUAUGCACUCAACCACUCAAUGCAUGGUUGGCAACGGCAUCACCAUCUCCAUGAAGAACAUGACCAAUAUCUUGCACGUUGAUGAGGAAAACAUGACAGCUACUGUCCAAGCUGGCGUGACCAUUCACCAACUGUGCGAGUAUCUCAAGCCGUGUGGUUGUCAACCUCCAGUCAUUCUGGAGUAUGGCAACUUCCAGAUCGGUGCUAUCAGUGGCACUCAGGCGAACGAUAGCUCGCUGUCCGAUAGUGCUCAGUUUGCUUAUUUCGUUGUCGGUGUCAAACUCAUCAAGGCUGAUGGAGAAGUAAUGAAAAUCUCAGAGACACAGAAUGCAGAACAUCUUCAUGCUAUUCGUUCUCACUACGGUCUCUUCGGUGUGGUUUGUGAAGUCACCAUCCGCAUCUGGAAGACCAGACACUUGGAAUUCAGCUACGAGAUGACUACUCUGGAUGCCUUUUCCAAAGACGUCAUGGGCAACGUGAACAAAUUGCGUAACUCCUACGACCAAGCCUUCGGUCUGCUGUUCCAAGCCGAUGGAAAAUUCAUGAUCCAGAAAAGAAAGUUCGUCGACAAUGAUACUAAGUCGCCUCACCCUUUGACCAACAACCUCGAAGCCAAAGCCAUAAACCUCUAUGCUGACCUCGUGUUGCCGCUCGCCAAAGCAUCCGGCCAACUCAAACUCCCAGCGCACCAGCAAGAAUGGCUAAGCACUACAUUGGUAGACUUACCUCUACGUGCCCUGAGCCACAGCACCUACAUAAUCAACCCCAACGACCGCGCAGUCCCCUACCGCGAAAACCAACCCCACUUCGACUUCUUCGACUGGGUAUUCCCCGAAGAAAACUGGUCAGCAAUGGCAAACGCCUGGAUAUCCCUCUGCAACAAAUUCGAGACGGAGAAAAACUUCGUCUUGACUUUGCCUUGUUUGGUCUAUUCCCUCAAGAAGGAUGACAAUAUGUUGCUUUCGAGGUCCAGAGGCGGUAACAUGAUGGCUAUUGAUCCAGAAUACCAGGAUCCUACUGAUCCAAAGUGGUUGGAGUUUCGUCUUGCGUUUUCGGAGGUGGCGAGGAAGCAUGGAGGUAUUCCUCAUAUCAACAAGACUAGGGAUGGGGCGAUCAGGUGGUUCGCUGAGGCUUGUGAUCAGGAGGCGUUGGGGAAGUAUCUGGAGCAGAGGAAGGAGUUUGAUCCCGAGGGUAUGUUUGUGAAUGAGUUCUUUGCAACGAUGUUUGACGGUCGCCUGUAA